UUGUUACAUGUUUGACCAUAUGCUUAAAUUGGGCCUCUUUCAAACCGCCGAAGCCUUUGCUAGAGAGGCUGGAAACAACAACGCUGCCGCCGUUAAUAUACCCGAUAGCUUUUUAGGACAAUUUUGGUCUCAAUUUUGGGACGCUCUUGAUGACUCUUAUGCUGGGAUUAGGGCAGAAUCCUCUGAUCAGGGUGCAGAUCGGGGCCUGGCUCGGGCUCUGAUUCAUGCUCACUCUCAGGCCCUUGCUGAAGAUCGGUCCCGUGGUCCGUCAAUUGACCAGGUUCGGGCCCGCCUCCAUGAACACGCCCAAGCCCAGGCCCAAUUCCAUGCCCAUGCCCAGGCCCAGGCCCAACUCCAUGCCCAGGCCCAUGCCCAAGCCCAGGCCCAAAUCCAUGCCCAAGCCCAGGCCCAAAUCCAUGCCCAUGCCCAAGCCCAGGCCCAAAUCCAUGCCCAGGCCCAUGCCCAAUCCCAUGUGCAAGUCCAAAUCCAAUCCCGAGCCCAAGCCCAUGCCUAUGGUUUGGGGCAAGCAUCAGUGAAUCAUAUUCAAAUUUAUGACAUCUCAAGCCAGCCCAUAGUGGGUCCUACAUGGAAUGGUGAACAACAUGGUUCUCAACAAGGGUUGGUUCAAGAACCCUCAAGGCACAACACUGCUCGGGGUUCUCAUCAGUCGCGCCGCAGGGGCAAUAGAUCUCGAGGUCAAAGAGGCAGAGCUAAUGGUAGAAAUCCAGCAUAAGAUAGCGCUACAAGGAUCAUGAAUAAAGCCACAAGCAGGCCUGGAUGCCAUUGAUCCAUAACUUGGGGAACGAUGUGGAUUCUUUGCAUGACAGUAUGUUGACAUUGGUAGAAAGGUAUUUAUACAUUAUUACCGGAUUCGCAGUACACAUUAAUCAUGACAAAGGUAUGUUUGCUCAGUAGUUAUAGGUAUUUUCAACUUUUUUCUUAUAGCCUUAUUUGUUUAUUUGAUUUAUGAUACUUCCAAAAAGAGGAACAAUUUGACUCUCUUGUUAGGCUGGGCGUUGUGGUUUAACAUGGAAGGGGUCUUUAAAGCGCCACGUCAUUGCCACGUAGGCAACGUGGCUUUAACUAACCCAUCAUUUAGCUAUCACGUUGUGGUUUAACUAGUAUUUAAAUAAAAGAAAAAAGGAAACAAAUAUAAAUGUGUUUGAGUGGCCCCCGCCUAUUCCAAUGGCUGGCGCCCGUUAAUGGCUUAAGAGUUAGCGAGCCAUCUUUAACGCCCUCGAGGCGGUGUGCAAAUCCGUUAAACGUCGAUGUGGCUGGGGGCGCGAAUACACAACGUCCAGCCUUAGAUGUGCUACUAUUAAUCUUAGAUACCAUACGUUUAAAAAGGAAAAAAAAACAGUGAGUCUUUGACCUUUGAAGUCAAACAUUCAACUUUCACUUCAGAUAUAUUGCAGAUCCCGUUAAACUGAUUAGCAACACAUUCCAACUAGAUAAGGAGUCAAAAUAAAUAGAUCUUUAUUGUUUUGAUUUGUAAUUCUGGUCAAUUAACGUAGAUUUGAGUUUUAUGACAUUGGCGUCAAUCUCAAGCGGUACCCGUUUUGUAAAUUAAGUGAGUAUAUCAUAGUACUUGAUCCAACUAAGUUUGGUUGAAAAGAUAGUGUGAUACAUUUUUUAUAUUUUAUAAAACUUGCUAAAAGAGCUAACAAAUAUUAGCAAUAAACCCAGGAAAGUAGAAAGAAAUGCAAAAACUAAAAGUUUAAAACAACAAAUUUCUUUUUUCUAUGCGUCCAGGGCCCUCGGAUACUCGGAUUUACCUGGUAGAGAAUCUACAUCUUAUCUUUUCAUGUACAUAUCCGUUGACGCCAGUUUAAUCGUUUUGUUGUAGGAUGUCAAUGUUCUAUUUAUCCUAGAUACCAUACGCUCAAAAAGGAAAAUAAAACCAGAGUGUACUCUUUGAAGUCAAACAUUCAACUUUCAUUUCAGAUAUCGCGUGUAGCGGGUUAAACUGAUUAGCAACACAUGCCAACUAGAUAAGAAGUCGAUAUAAAUAGUUCUUAUUUGUUUUGAUUUGUAAGGGGCUGUUUGGCAGCCUUUUAGUGAUUCCAUUAAGUGCGCUUCGAGAAGGCUACCUCUCAAUCAGACAGCAAACCUCUUACCCAUUAAGUUUCAAAUGAUGCUAAAUGAAAAUUUUACCCUUUCUCCCUUCACCUGUGUUAAUAACCCUCACCCGACCACUCACGCAAUCACGCACCACCUCCUCGACCCACCACCACUUCCUCCACCACCAUAUCCAUAGUUGUUAAUUGCGACCAUAGCGGUCGCUAUAGCGCGAUUUAUAGCGAUGCGACUUACUGUCGCUAUUUGGUUCAUAGCGACGACUAUCGAAUUUAGUGACAGUUAUUAUUUUUUUUAAUUUUUCUAAUUUUUUUAAUGUUAUAAAGGGUUAUAGCUAUAAAAUAGCUAGAUUUAUAGGUUUUUGUUAAAUAUACAUGUAAUAUAGCGUAUAUACAAGGGUAUUUUGAUGUAAUAUACAUAUAAAAAUUUUCAAAAUUCUUUUUUCUAGUGUAAUCGUGAUAGAUAUUGCAUACGUAUUAGUAUUAGUAUAUUGUAAUAGUGUAAGGGGGGUUAGUGUAACUAAUACUUCUAUAAAUAAGGCAUUAGUCAUUUUAGUAAGGGGGAGAUAUUUUAGGAAGUUGUUAGGCUCUUGCGUUAGCAUGAGAAGGGCAUAGCCCUGGACCACUUCGGUGGCUAGUAUUUGUAUUAUCUUCUUCAGUUUUAUCAAAUAUAAUUACAGAUUUACCUUCAUCAUCUUCAUUAAAUUCUGUUACCUAUCAAAUCGCUAUUUAUAAAAUAGCCGUCGCUAUUCGCUACGUAGCCUAGCCAUGCCUUGUCGCUAUUUAUCGCUAUUCGCUAUCGACAAUUAUGACCAUAUCAUCCUACUCUUACUGGGUCAGCACUUACUGGCUCAGAGUCUCUUACCUAGUCAAACCUCUUACUGGCUCAGCACUCUUACUGGCGUAGAGGUUGCCAAACAACCCCUAAAGCUAGUCGAUUAUCUUGGAUUUAAUGUUUAUUCCAUUAGUGUCGAAUUCAAGUUUUACCCCUUUUGGAACUAAGUAUAUCAUAGUGCUUCUUGUAAACCAACUUUCUUUAGUGCCUUUUGAAUUUGUUUAACUUUCUCUUUCUUGUUACUUCUAUUGGUAUUGAGGUGUUCAAGUAAGCUAACUGCAGAAGUCACUCGCAUGACCUUGUAAACUAAUGUAUGUUGUUUGUAAGCAGCCUUCCCUUUUUCCUUUUUCAUCUCUACAAUUUCCUGCUGUUAAUUGUUAUAUGAUGCAUUUGAUUUUGUUUCCUGAAAAACUGCUAUGCUAAGCUUUAUGAUCUGACCCACAUAGUCAUUAGUUGUAACACUUAUCUAUUUAAAUCCCAUAUAUAGUUAUAUUUAUUACUAAGCCAUCUAUAUUAUUUACGACUUAUGAGUUCAUAGAGAUCACAUAUUUUUCUCUCUGUUUGUACCAAAUAAUAGGCAGCUUGUAUUUUGAUCCUUAUGCAAGUUUAUUUUUUUGAAUUGAAGUUAAUAUAUCAAACCAUCCCACCAUAGCAAAAGAAAAGUUGAGGUUCUGUACCAUAUAUUAGAUUGUUCAAAUCUAACACUCAAAUCUAGUGUUUAUGGACUAAAAAGCAGGCUUGUCGCCGUUUUCAUAAUCUUGAUUGCUCUCAACUGGCAGCACCUCUCCCUCUUUGACUCCGAGUCUAUUAUAUUGCAGAUCCCGUUAAACUGAUUAACUUCAACUAGCAAUUAUAAUACUUUUGUUAGCUUUAUGUUUCAUUAGAUAACAUGGUACUUGGUUUUGGUCCGAUCGUUGAUUCCAAAGAUCGGCUAGUCUAUGGUUAUGAAGUAUAUGCAACUUUUUAUUUGAACAUUUUGAUAUGCUAAACCUUACCUUUGAAUAGUGUUUCUUCAUUAAAUUCAUGCAGUUACUCGUUUUAUUCUGUCUCAUGUGAAUUGUCCAUUGUUAAUUGUGCUGGAGUUCAAGAACAGGUAUAACUUGGCAAUGUCUCAUUUUCAAAUCUGGAAGAAUGUCAGACCAGUGGAGGAGUAGUAUUGUAGUGCCUUUAUAUAAGAACAAAGGAGACGCCCAAUGUUGUGGUAGUUAUAGAGGGAUUAAGUUGUUAAGCUACACUAUGAAAUUAUGGGAGAGGGUGAUUGAGACUAGACUUAGAAGAGAAACCCAGGUUACGGUAAACCAAUUUGGUUUCAUGCCAGGGCGGUCAACUACAGAGGCAAUACACAUUCUAAGGAGAUUGAUGGAAAAAUAUAGAGAGAAAAAUCGAGAUCUACAUAUGGUGUUCAUUGAUUUGGAAAAGGCGUAUGACAGUGUGCCACGUAGAUUGAUAUGGGAAAGCUUAGAGGAGAGAGGGGUACCUGGUAAGUAUGUAGACUUAAUUAAGGAUAUGUAUGUUAAGACCACAACUAGUGUUCGUGCACCGGUAGGGGAUACAAAUUUCUUUUCUGUGGAAGUAGGACUCCACCAAGGGUCAGCGUUGAGCCCUUUUCUAUUCGUGAUUGUCUUAGAUGAGUUGUCAAAGUCGAUUCAGGAGUCCGUUCCGUGGUGCUUGCUUUUUGCAGACGAUAUUGUGCUGAUAGAAGAAAGUAAACAAAGCUUGAAAGCGAGGUUGGAAGAAUGGCGUAUAGCCUUAGAAUGCAAAGGUUUGAGGAUAAGUCGCUCAAAGACUGAGUACCUUUACUGUGAUUUUAGCGGAGCAGGCGAUGAACACGACACUCAGAUUACCAUUGAGGGCCAGGUGGUUCCUCAAGCAACUAAGUUCAAGUAUCUUGGAUCGUUUGUCCAGAGUAAUGGAGAGUUAGAUAGCGACGUAGCUCACCGUAUCCAGGUUGGAUGGUGUAGGUGGAGAGUAGUCACAGGGGUAUUGUGCGACAAGAGGUUCCCUGAUAAAUUAAAAGGGAAAUUUUAUAGGGUUGCAAUUAGACCCUCUAUGGUAUACGGAACAGGGUGUUGGGCCAUCAAGAAAAUGCAUGCUCGAAAGCUAGAGGUAGGGAAAGACUAGGAGUCGCUAGUAUUUCAGACAAGAUAAGGGAAGGGAGAUUGAGAUGGUUUGGGCAUGUCAGAAGGAGGCAGACGACAGACCCGUGUAGAAUAGUUGAAACACUUACUGUAGAUGGAAGGAGGAGUAGAGGCAGGCCGAAAAUGACUUGGGAUGAGCGGAUUAGGCAAGAUUUGCUAGAUUUGCACCUCUCUGAGGACAUGGUCGAGGACAGAACUUCGUGGAGACGUAGGAUUAAGGUUAAGGACUUUUAAGAGUGUGGCAUAGUUUUUGCUUUACAUUCUCGUCUUAUUAGUUUAAUUUUUCAUUUUGUAUGAGGUGUGAUAUAGCUUUUAUAAGGCCCCACCUAGUCCCGGUGUCGUAGUUUUACUAACACGUACUUAUUCAUUUAUGUGUUUAUUUUGAUUAUUUUUAUUCCCC